AUGGCGUCUAACCACCCGACCAUUGAGAUCGUGGAGGUGGACAAAGACCACAUCAAGUUCUCCCUCUCCAACGCAGACUCUAGCCUGGCCAACGCGUUGCGGCGUGUCAUUAUUUCCGAGGUCCCGACCAUGGCCAUUGAUCUGGUGGAGAUCCACGCCAACUCGUCGGUCCUCCAUGACGAGUUUGUGGCUCAUCGGCUGGGCCUCAUUCCGCUCGACUCGACCAACGUGGGUCAGUUCAACUACACCCGCGAGUGCUCGUGCAACCGCCGGUGUGCGCUCUGCUCGGUCGAGCUCCGGCUCGACUUUAAGUGUGAGGGCGAGCAGACAGUCAACGUCACUUCGUCGAUGCUGUAUUCAGAGGACGAUCGGGUGGUGCCGGUGGUGUCACAGGACAUGGCGCGGCCGACUCGGCAGAAUGGCGACGACGACGAUGACGUGGUGCCCGAGGUCGAGGACACUGGCGUGCUCAUCGUCAAGCUGCAGGAGGGCCAGAAGCUCUCGCUCCGGGCCAUUGCUAAGAAGGGCGUGGGCAAGGAGCAUGCCAAGUGGUCGCCGGUCUCGUGCGUCGAGUUUCAGGAGGUGCCCGAGGUGGUCAUCAACCAGGACCUCAUGGCCGAGCUCGAGGAGGCCGACAAGGAAGAGUGGGCCGCAUCGUGCCCGAGCAAGGUCUUCCGCUACGACCCGGUCUCGCGUCAGGUCGAGGUUGUCGAGAAUGGCCGCGCCUGCACCUUUUGCCGCGAGUGCACCCUCAAGGGCGAGCUGCUCGAUACCCGUAUCAACCCGGGCGAGGACCGCUUUGCCAAGCUUGUCCGCAUCACCUCCAAGCCCAAGGAGUACAUCAUCACCGUCGAGUCGUGCGGCACCCUCCCGGCCGCCGACAUUGUCCAGUCGGCCCUGGCCGUCAUCAAGGAAAAGCUCUCCAACGUCCAGGCCGAGAUGAACGGCGCCUGGCAGUGACGCGGUUGCUCUGUUGCACCGUCUCUCUCUCUGCCCCUGCCCCUGCCCUCGCUUCUUGGCCACGGGUCACUAAACUUGUCGAUCUUGCC